CAUGUCUAAGAGGAAGUGACUAGUUUGGCAGAGAGCUGUGAUCUGAGUCAGAAUUUUCUAAUGUAAAAGAUUAACCCUGAACCAUGGAGGUGCUGCAGUGUGAUGGCUGCGAUUUUCGAGCUCCAUCCUAUGAAGACCUAAAAGCUCACAUUCAAGAUGUUCACACUGCUUUUCUGCAGCCAACAGAUGUCUCUGAAGAAAGCCCAACCCAGCCAAGGUCUGGCUCCAUAAAUGCUAGCAACCAGACUGAGGUUGAAUUUUCUUCUGUAAAGGAUGAAUUUGCAAUUGCAGAUGAAAUAGCAGGGCAAAAUGCAGCAACUCAGAUGGGGACUGGAAGUUACUAUAGCCAGAGCCAGAGUUUCUAUGGUCAGCAUAUGGCUCCAAAUCCUAAACCAACCAACAAGUUUUUCCAAUGCAAAUUCUGUGUGCGUUACUUCCGUUCCAAAAACCUUCUUAUUGAGCACACACGCAAGGUUCAUGGAGCACAGGCUGGGGGAAGCUCAGUUGGGCCACCAACGGCUGGUUCCUUAAACUACAACAUCAUGAUGCAUGAGGGGUUUGGCAAAGUUUUCUCUUGCCAGUUCUGCACCUAUAAAUCACCUAGACGUGCAAGGAUUAUUAAGCACCAGAAAAUGUAUCACAAGAACAACCUGAAAGAGAGUUCAACUCCACCUGCUGCUGCUAUAUCUGAGUCGCCGUCUGCCUCCAUGGCCAUGCAGGAGCCCUGCAAAGAGCUACCUGCUGAGGUUGUUGAGAGGAGCAUUUUGGAAUCCAUGGUCAAGCCCCUAACAAAAUCCCGAGGCAAUUUUUGCUGUGAAUGGUGCAGUUACCAGACACCUCGAAGGGAGCGCUGGUGUGACCACAUGAUGAAGAAGCACCGCAGCAUGGUAAAAAUACUUUCAAGUCUGAGGCAGCAACAAGAAGGAACUGGUGCACCUGAUGUGCAGAGUAAGAGUGCCCAGAAUGCCUCCCCAAACUCUAAUUAUAUCGCCAUGAAUACAGCAGGGCGCGAGAUGCCAAAUGCUAAUGUCUCAAACUUCAGAAGUUCUAUGAGCAAUUCUCUUAUUAGGUCAAACUCUUCUACAUCCUCCAAAUUUUCUUCGGUAUCUUAUCCUCAGAUGAAGCCCAAGUCACCUCACAACUCGGGCAUGGUUAAUUUGUCCGACAGAUCCCGCUAUGGAAUUGCUGAUAUGACAAAUUCUUCUGCUGACCUGGAAACAAACAGUAUGCUAAAUGACUCCAGCUCAGAUGAAGAGCUAAAUGAAAUGGACAGCGAGAAUGGCUUGAACUCCAUGGAUCACCAGACCUCAGGAAUGUCUGCAGAGCAACUGAUGGGUUCUGAUGGCAACAAGCUAUUGGAGACAAAAGGAAUUCCCUUUAGAAGAUAUAUGAACAGGUUCCAGUGUCCUUUUUGCCCUUUCCUGACAAUGCAUCGCCGGAGCAUCUCCCGUCACAUUGAGAACAUCCAUCUCUCUGGGAAGACAGCUGUAUACAAGUGUGAUGAGUGCCCUUUUACUUGCAAGAGUUCAUUAAAGCUUGGAGCCCAUAAGCAGUGUCAUACAGGUGCAACAGCAGACUGGGACACUGUAAACUCUCAGAGCGAGAGCAUUGCCUCUUCUUUGAAUGACAGCACAGUGUCUUAUGAGACUGGAAGUAUAAAUGGAAGGAAGUCAGCUGGGAUGAUGGAACCAGUGCCACAGCAACAGCAGCAGUCACCCCAGCCUCAUUCACAGCAUCCCUACAAGUGCACAAUGUGCAACUAUUCUACCACAACUUUGAAAGGCCUCAGAGUUCAUCAGCAGCACAAGCACUCAUUCUGUGACAACUUGCCAAAGUAUGAUGGACCACCGUCUAACACGCCACAAGACAGCGAGGCAGAUGCACACACCUCUGCAAGCACAGUGAAGAAAAGCCAGACCUCGAUUCUUGGUCUCUCAUCUAAAAAUAACUUUGUUGCGAAGGCCCCUCGGAAGGUGUCAAAUGACUUUCCUUUGGAUCUCUCACCUGUGAAAAAGAGAACUAGAAUUGAUGAAAUUGCAAGCAACUUGCAGAGCAAAAUCAACCAAAACAAACAGCAAGAAGAUGCUGUGAUUAAUGUAGAGGAUGAUGAGGAAGAGGAAGAAGACAAUGAAGUGGAGAUAGAAGUGGAGCUGGACAGAGAAGAAGAGCAAACAGAACCAAUGAUAGAGGUUUCCAGUUCUUACACAACCCAGCAAAUGUGGGGAAGAGAGGCUAAUGAUACCCAGAAAGAGGCAAACUUUAGAAGCAUGCAGCAUGAUUAUAAUUCCACCAAUGGAGCAGAGAUUGAGCUCACUUUAUCUGAAGAUGAAGAAGAUUAUUAUUCUUCUGUCAGCAUGAAAGAACAUCAGAGCCCUAAUGCCUCUGUUCUGGGGAGCCAGUCAAACAUAUAUGGUGCUGAUCAGAACAAUGAGACCACAGAGUUUAGUGACUCUGGUAGGCUUUAUUAUUGUAAACACUGUGAUUUCAGCAACAAAUCUGCCAGGAGUGUAAGCACCCACUACCAACGGAUGCACCCCUAUAUUAAAUUCAGCUUUAGAUAUAUCUUGGAUCCCAAUGAUCACAGCGCGGUGUACCGAUGUCUGGAGUGCUAUAUUGACUACACAAACUUUGAAGACCUACAGCAGCAUUAUGGAGAGCAUCACCCUGAAGCUAUGAAUGUAUUGAACUUCGAUCACUCUGAUCUGAUCUACCGUUGUCGCUUCUGCUCUUACACAAGCCCAAAUGUUAGAAGCCUGAUGCCACAUUACCAAAGAAUGCAUCCUACAGUGAAAAUUAACAAUGCAAUGAUAUUUUCAAGCUAUGUUGUUGAACAGCAAGAAGGGCUGACCACGGAGUCUCAGACACUGAGAGAAAUCUUGAAUUCUGCUCCAAAAACUAUGGCAACCUCCACCCCUGUGGCUCGUGGGGCUGGUAUGCCAGCUGGUUUUACCAAAAGUGCCACCAAGAGUUUUAGUCCUGAAUGUGAAAAUCAGAAGGAGCCUUCAGUCAAUACUGUAGUGGUUUAUGACUGUGAUGUGUGUUCAUUUGCAAGCCCCAACAUGCAUUCAGUUCUCGUGCAUUACCAGAAAAAGCACCCUGAAGAAAAAGCAUCCUAUUUCAGAAUUCAGAAGACUAUGCGUGUAGUCUCUGUUGAGAGGGGCUCUGCCCUGGCUCAGAUGUCUUUUGAGAUGGGGACACCUGUCUCUCCCAAACUGUCUAAUUUGGCUUCACAGCCUCCACCUCCACCACCUCCACCCCCAGACCUUUCUUCUGAACUCUACUAUUGCAAACAUUGCUCAUACAGCAACCGCUCAGUUGUGGGAGUACUUGUCCACUACCAGAAAAGACACCCUGAAAUAAAGGUUACUGCCAAAUAUAUUAGGCAGGCACCCCCCACUGCAGCCAUGAUGAGGGCUGGUGAGUUGCCACCUGGUAUUCAGAGGCCACCAGUAUCAAUGCAGUUGACCCGGGGCAGCUCCGAGAGCUCUGUGAAUCCUCCCGAGAAUGAAAUGUUCUUCUGCCAGCACUGUGAUUAUGGAAACCGAACCGUGAAAGGCGUGCUCAUUCAUUAUCAAAAGAAGCAUCGUGACUUCAAAGCUAACGCAGAUGUGAUUAGACAGCAUACAGCCACCAUUAGAAGCCUUUGUGAUCGCAGCCAGAAGAAGUCAUCUGGCAGCAUGCCUGCUCACACCUCCAGCACCGAGCGGGACAAGUCGAAGCUAAGAGCCCUCAAAUGCAGGCAGUGUAGCUACACCUCCCCUUACUUCUAUGCACUGAGGAAGCAUAUCAAGAAAGACCACCCAACUCUGAAGGCCACAGUAACAUCCAUUCUGAGAUGGGCAUUUUUGGAUGGCUUGAUAGAUGCUGGUUAUCACUGUGAAUGGUGCAUUUAUUCACACACAGAGCCAAGUGGUUUGCUUGUGCAUUACCAAAGGAGACAUCCUGAGCAUUAUGUUGACUACACAUACAUGGCAACCAAACUCUGGGCAGGUCCCGACCCUUCCCCUCCUGCUCUGGUGAUGCCAACAGAGACAAAGACUUAUAAAUGCAGAGAUUGCAUUUUUGAAGCAUCUUCCAUUUGGGAUAUUACUAAUCACUACCAAGCUUUUCACCCUUGGGCCAUGAAUGGGGAUGAAUCUGUUUUGUUAGAUAUCAUUAAGGAGAAAGAUGCUGCUGACAAAUCUGGCCUGCCGCCUGAUGAAGCUGGGGCCAGGAUCAGUUCUGAAGACCAGAUUACAACAUCACAGAUGGAUCAGGAUGCAGAAUGCACAGAGGACCCUAGUCUUUCCCAGGAAAAAACUGUCCAGCUGGCAUCUGCAAACCCUGCCAUUUCCUCCACUCCGUAUCAGUGUACAGUGUGUCAGUCUGAGUACAACAACUUGCAUGGUCUCCUGACACAUUAUGGCAAAAAGCAUCCUGGCAUGAAAGUAAAAGCUGCAGACUUUGCUCAGGACAUAGAUAUUAACCCAGGAGCUGUAUAUAAGUGUAGACAUUGCCCAUACAUUAAUACACGCAUUCAUGGUGUCCUCACACACUACCAGAAACGGCACCCAUCAAUAAAGGUCACUGCUGAAGACUUUGUGCAUGAUGUGGAACAGUCAACUGACAUCACUCAGAAUGAUGUGGAAGAGACAAGCAGGAUUUUCAAGCAAGGCUAUGGUGCUUAUCGGUGCAAACUGUGUCCUUACACCCAUGGUACACUGGAGAAGCUUAAAAUUCACUAUGAGAAAUACCACAAUCAGCCUGAAUUUGAUGUUUUUGCCCAGUCACCGCCAAAGGUGACUGCCUCAGUGGAGCCAGACAUAGUGACUGAAAUCAAGGCCUCCCCAGAGAUUUCUGUUGAGGAUAUCGGAGAAAUCGCUGUCCCUGCACCUCAUUUCUCCACCUCUCACUUAGUGUCUCACACAGUUUUCCGAUGCCAGCUCUGCAAGUACUUCUGUUCCACCCGGAAGGGUAUAGCCAGGCACUACCGCAUCAAACACAACAAUGUGCGGGCACAGCCAGAGGGCAAGAACAACCUCUUCAAGUGCGCUCUGUGUUCCUACACCAACCCUAUCCGCAAAGGGCUUGCGGCACACUACCAGAAAAGACAUGACAUUGAUGCUUACUACACGCAUUGCCUGGCCGCCUCCAGGACCGUCAGCGACAAACCCAAUAAAGUGAUCAUUCCAUCUCCUCCCAAAGAUGACACUCCCCAGCUAAGCGAGGAGCUGAGGAGAGCUGUGGAGAAGAAGAAAUGCUCCCUUUGUUCCUUCCAGUCUUUUAGCAAAAAGGGUAUUGUCUCCCACUACAUGAAGCGUCACCCUGGUGUUUUCCCUAAGAAGCAGCACGCGAGCAAGCUGGGGGGCUACUUCACUGCUGUGUAUGCUGAUGAACAUGAAAAGCCAGCUCCAGCUGAGGAGAGGAAUGAGUUUGAAAAGCCUGAGGUGGAGAGCGAAGCUCAGGAAAUUGAGUGGCUUCCUUUCAGGUGCAUAAAAUGCUUCAAGCUCUCCUUCAGCACAGCAGAGCUGCUGUGCAUGCAUUACACUGACCACCACAGCAAGGAUCUGAAGAGAGACUUUACCAUACUGGGAAGUGGCACCCGCUCGCAGAACGCCGUCUACCAGUGCAAGCACUGUGAUACUAAGCUGCAUAGCACAGCAGAGCUGACCGCGCACUUGAACAGCCACAAUGAGGAAUUCCAGAAGCGUGCCAAGCGUCAGGAGAGGAGGAAACAGCUUCUGAGCAAGCAGAAAUACGCAGAGGGCGCUUUUGCAGAUUUCAAGCAAGAGAGGGCUUUUGGACACUUGGAAGAUGUUUCAAAGCUGAAGGAGAGGAAAGUGGUUGGCUACAAAUGUAAAUUUUGUGUGGAAGUCCAUCCAACACUCCGAGCCAUCUGUAAUCACCUCCGCAAGCAUGUCCAGUACGGAAAUGUCUCUUCUGUGUCAGCUGCAGUGAAGGGUCUGCGAUCUCACGAGAGGAGUCACUUGGCUCUCGCCAUGUUCGCCCGAGAAGACAAGUACAGCUGCCAGUAUUGCUCCUUUGUUUCAGCUUUCAGGCACAAGAAUUGGAUAAAGCGGUGUCCUACAAGAGGAAGGAUUGGUGAGACGAAAGGUGACAGCGAGGAACUGUACAGUCUGGAUCGCCAUAUGCAGACCCAUCAUGGACACCAUAAGCCGUUUCGUUGCAAACUCUGCCCAUUCAAGUCCUCUUAUAACAGCCGCCUGAAAACYCAUAUACUCAAAGCUCAUGCUGGUGAACAUGCCUACAAAUGUUCCUCCUGCUCAUUUUCCACCAUGACAAUCAGCCAGCUGAAAGAGCACUCCUUGAAAGUGCAUGGGAAAGCACUGACACUGCCAAGACCCCGCAUUGUCAACUUUGCAGCCUCACACGCCCACCACACCUCCAAGAACCACUCUGCUGCUGAAGAAGUGGAGGACUCUAAUGACUCUUCGUAUUCGGAGCCUCCUGAUGUUCAGCAGCAGUUGAACCACUACCAGUCAGCAGCUUUGGCCAGAAACAACACCAACAUCAGCCCAAUACCACUUUCUGGGAAUGCUGCAGGAAUGGAAAAAACAGAAGCCAUUCUUAACUGUGAAUUUUGUGAAUUUUCCUCGGGUUACAUCCAGAGCAUUCGGCGUCAUUACCGUGACAAGCAUGGAGGGAAGAAACUCUUCAAGUGCAAAGAUUGUUCCUUUUAUACAGGCUUUAAAUCUGCUUUUACUAUGCACGUGGAAGCUGGGCACUCAGCAGUUCCUGAGGAAGGACCCAAAGACCUUCGCUGUCCUCUUUGCCUAUAUCACACCAAAUACAAACGCAACAUGAUUGACCAUAUAGUACUGCACAGAGAAGAGCGGGUUGUUCCCAUCGAAGUCUGUCGCUCCAAACUGUCCAAGUACUUGCAGGGAGUCGUUUUCCGCUGUGAUAAGUGUACCUUUACCUGCUCCAGCGACGAGAGCUUGCAGCAGCACAUAGAGAAGCACAAUGAACUGAAACCUUACAAAUGCCAACUCUGCUACUACGAGACCAAACACACCGAGGAGCUGGAUGCUCACCUGCGGGAUGAGCACAAGGUGAGCCGUAAUUUUGAGCUGGUUGGACGGGUGAACUUGGAUCAGUUGGAGCAGAUGAAGGGGAAAACAGAAAGCUCCAGCAGUGACGAGGAAGAAAAAGACGAGGAGUUGAGCCCCAAGGCUGAAGAGAGAGAUCCCAUGAUGUUUCCUGGCAGCGGCCCUCUGGAGAAGCGCUUCCCGUGUGAGUUCUGCGGCCGGUCGUUCACGGAGGGCUCCGAGUGGGAGCGACACGUGCUGAGACACGGCAUGGCGCUCAACGAAUGCAAGCGCAGGGGCUGCGAGGACAUCCAGCCCAAGGAGGACGUGGAGGAGGCGGUCAACGUGCUGCCGGUAGAAGAUAAGGAGAGCAUCGAGAAGAUGAUGGUGGACUUUUCCCACAGCAGCGAAGCAGCAGCCUGCGUGGUAGCUGCUGACAAACCUCUCCAAGGGAACUCAGAGGCCAAAAACGAAUAAGCAUUUGGUGUGAUUUUAAUCAACUUACUUGAACAGUGAUGAAGGGGAUAGGGUGGGUGGGCAGGGUGGGUGGAAGGAAGAAACAAAGCUGCUUUUAGGACUGAAUGAUCUAUUUUCAAAGCACUGGUACCUGUGUGAGUGUGUGUAUAUUAAAGUUAUUUAAAUGAUGGUAUAAGUGGCUCCAUUACAUCACUGCAUCCUUUCCUCUGGAUCUUGACAAUGGGAAGUUAUGUUCAUCUUGGACUAAUGAAACAACUCCCCAUGUUCCUACAUUACACAACGUGCUUUGCAGUGGAGACCCAGAUUGUUGGUGAAUGGAAGCGUCGUGAGCAUGGAAGCAGGGGAUGGGGAGGGCCGGGGAUAACUUUGCAACGCACAAAUUUGGGUGCGUUUUUCUAGUUUUAAUACAUAACGCUUUUCCAGACUGAAUGCAACUGCUUUA